AUGGCAAACUCAAGGAGAAGGGGUAACUGUAUUGAUAGACUCAAAGUGGGAGAGGAGAUAACUGAAGAUAAAGGAUUGAUCAAAGAGGAAAUUCUAAGCUACUAUCAGAAUUUGUACAAUGAGAAGGAAGCAUGGAGACCUUCACUAGAAUUUACAAGGUUACACACACUUAGCUCAAAUGACAGAGAGGACGUGAAAUCUCCUUUUGAGGAACCGGAUGUCCUUGCAGCCUUAAAUUCCUAUGCCCCAGACAAAGUAUCAGGCCCUGAUUGUUACACCAUGGCAUUUUUUCAAAAAUGCUGGGAGGUUCUCAAGUCAAACUUCAUGGGAGCCCUUAACCAUUACUACCAACAUGGUCAUAUGGUUAAAUCUUGUAAUGCUUCAUUCAUAGCACUCAUCCCAAAGGAGAAAUGUUCAAUUGAGCUUAAGGAUUUCAGACUAAUUAGUCUAAUAGGCAGUGUCUAUAAAUUAGUGGCGAAGAUCCUUGCUGAAAGAAUGAAAAGAGUUAUUAGGAAGCUGGACUCUAGUCAACAAAGUGCCUUCGUCAAAAAUAAAAAAUUACAUAUGCAUCCUUAA